GGCGGGGGCGCCGCGCACGCGCAGGGCCGGCGGCGCGCGCCGAGCGGGGGGCACCGCGCGGGUGCAGCCACGAUGGAAGGGGGUGCGUACGGAGCGGGCAAAGCCGGGGGCGCCUUCGACCCCCACACCCUGGUCCGGCAGCCGCACACCAUCCUGCGCGUCGUGUCUUGGGUGUUCUCCAUCGUGGUGUUCGGCUCCAUCGUGAACGAGGGCUACCUCAACAACAACUCGGAGGGCGAGAAGUUCUGCAUCUACAACCGCAACCCCAACGCCUGCAGCUAUGGCGUGGCCGUGGGCGUGCUCGCCUUCCUCACCUGCCUGCUGUACCUGGCCCUGGAUGUGUACUUCCCACAGAUCAGCAGCGUGAAGGACCGCAAGAAAGCCGUCCUGUCCGACAUCGGUGUCUCAGCCUUCUGGGCCUUCCUCUGGUUCGUGGGCUUCUGCUUCCUGGCCAACCAGUGGCAGGUGUCCAAGCCCAAGGACAACCCGAUGAAUGAAGGGACAGAUGCGGCUCGGGCCGCCAUCACCUUCUCCUUCUUCUCCAUCUUCACGUGGGCGGGCCAGGCCAUGCUGGCCUUCCAGCGGUAUCAGAUUGGCGCCGACUCGGCCCUCUUCUCCCAGGACUACAUGGACCCCAGCCAGGACUCCAGCAUGCCUUACGCCCCCUACGUGGAGCCCAGCACCGGGCCAGACCCCACCGGCAUGGGUGGUACCUACCAGCAACCGGCCAACGCCUUUGACGCCGAGCCCCAGGGCUACCAGUCGCAGGGCUACUGAGCUGCAGUGACCGCCUGCCCCUCGCCUGUCCCUGUCCCGGUCCCAGCCGCCCCUGCCCUCCCCGCCCCCCCACCGCCCACCGCCCACGCCCAGACCCCCCCGCGCCCUCCCAGGCUGCCCUGCCCAGCGCCUCGAUCCACCGACGUCCAGGGCAGCUCGGGGUGGGAUGGGGCAGUAAGGUGUUGGGGGUGCAUCUACACGUGUGCAAGUCUGUCCGGCGGGGGCUGGGGGUGUUCGCGUUCAUCCGUUGUGUCGUCGAGUGUUCAUUGAGUGCCUGCUGUGUGUCAGGUGUGUGCUUGGCACCGGUGGUGAAAGAGAAACGGUCCCGGAAAGGAGGCAGACGAGGGACGGAGGAGGCCCCGUGGGUACCAGAGGUGGGAGCGGUGCGAGAGAUAGACCCGGAUGAUGCCGGGAAGGUUUGGCCCCGGGGUGGGUGUGAAUGCCGGCAGGACACUGGAGUUGUCACCUGCCGGAGUGACGGCAGCCCUACUGUGGGUGUUGGGGCUGUCUCCAUUUCGUGGCUGAGGAAACUGAGGCCUGGAAAAGUCAAGGUCACUUGCCCAGGGUCACUCGGCAGCCAGUGAGAGUUGGCUCCAAGCCCAGGCCACCUGACUGCGGAGCACCUGCUGUCCCCUGUCCUCCCUGCCUUCCCCAUCCCCCAGCCUGGGGCUCCACCUCUCAGUGCUAUCGUCACACUCUGGGAGGCUUUGGGGACCUCAGCCCGUGAGAUACCCUGAUUCUGCUGCAAGCCGGGGGCCUGUUCUGCCCGGCUGGCUGCUCCCGAAGUGGGACAGCCCUGUCUCUAGGCCCCUCUCCCCACAUCCCCACCAACCCCUGCCCUGGUCUCCUGUCAGGGUGGGAGGGCCCGGGGGGCUUGCCUCACUCGCCCGUUUCACCCGUGUACUGCUCCGUGCCGUGCGUGCCCCACCGGGAGCUCCGGUGGCCUCCCAAAGGACUGACCGCUGUCCCUGCCCAGGGCCGGGUGGGCGAGGAGGCCCAAGGUCACAGCGAGUAAGUGGCAGAGCCGGACUUACUGCCCGGGGUUCUUGGUCCCAGCCACUCAGCAGGUGCCCCGAUUCCCUGCCCUCGUGACCUCCCAGGAAACGGAACUGAUCUGGAACACUGUGUCAUCUUUCCCUCGGCCAGGGUUAGCCAGGGGAGCUCAGGGGCUGCAACUGCCAAGGACCCAGAGGGUCCUUCCACUGGCCUUGCAAAAGGCCUGAUGAGAGGACAAUGUGGGAGUCAGAGUAGAGACAGCAGGGACUCUGGGCCCAGCAAAGCCAGCCAUUGAGCUGCUGCCAUGGGACAAACGGCUCCCGAGAUGAAUGCUGAAAGCCCCUUGGUGCAUGGCAGGCUGAGGGGGGAGGAGACCCGGGCUGUAGUGGAGAUGGUAAGCAGGCGACUCCAAAGGCACAAGGAGGGUUGGGAGCAGAGAGAGACUCUUGCACAGGUGGGCUCUUCACUGAGCCUUGAGGGGCGGGGAGGCCUUACAGGAUGGAGGUGUGGGGGGACAUGGGGCCCAGCGUCCACUGGCCAGUGCCUCGGGGAGCAGGGCAAGGGAAUUGUGGCUCGGCACCGUGCUGGAUGUCCCCGCCACCAGCACCCCGUUCCCCCACCAGAAUCCUCAGAGGCAGGUGACACUCCCGCAGACUCCGCUGUUACACCAGGGAUUCAGAAGGCAUGCAAGCCAGUGGUCCAGAGAUGGGCCCCAAACCCGCCGCUACCCAGGGUCCCCCAGAGGGCAGUGUGCUAUAUGAGAGCUUGUGAAGGGGUGAGGCUCCCCGAGGAGGGGCAGGAGCAGCACCGCAGAGGGAGGGAGAGGGAAUUUCCCAGGUAGAGAAGUGGCACCGCUGUCCUCGCUUAACCGCAGAGGAAACAGAGGCUCAGAGUGUGAAUGAGUUAGCGGCGGAGCAUGCAUCUGAACCCCAUCCUGUCCAAGCCCUCCCCGGGGGGCAGCAGUGACAGCAGAGAACCCCAGGCAGCUGAGCAGCAGCUCAGGGUUGCUGACUCUGGUUUUCCACAUCUGGCGGAGGACUCUGUCCAUGGUACCCCCGCUCCCGGUGGCCCGAGUGGGGACGGGAUGAGGCUGCGGUAUCUGCCAGGCCGAGCGGUGGAACCUGUUACCAGACCAGGUUUACGAAGCAGGUAAGGGUGCGGGUGGUCGUGGGUGUGCUUGUGGCAAAGUGAAGUCCUGUGCCGGUGCGGGAGGCUGUGAGAGGCCCUUCCCUUCGCCCACUCCCCACCAAGCACCUCCCCUGCCGAUGGACACAGGGGGACCCCAGGGCGCUGUCCAUCCGUUCUCCCUGGGCACCGACUAGCUCCUCGUGAUGCUAGGAACCACUUAAGCUUCAUCCAACCCCUGGGUGUUCCUCAUAGACUCUCCCUGCCACCCCAGACUAGGAAGGUUUACAGGACGCCUGCCAGGAGUGAGGGGCACCGAAUCCUCUCACUUUGCAUUCCUCCCUUGACCUGGGGUGCAGACCUGGAGUACGGCCCAGAUGUGAUCCCACCAUCAGGCUGGCUCUUGACAGGGACCAGCCAGUGGUGGAGGGAGAGAGGGCGGAGGGUGGGGUUUGGCUGAGACCCAAGGCUCCUGACUCCCCUUUUGGGAGGUUGGUAGCGACGUCCCGUUUCUUCCCCUGGCCGAGGACAGCCCCCCCAGGGCCCCCAAGGUGUAUUCACAAGCCAGUGGUGUACUCUUGCCUCCCUCGGCCUCUCUCUUGCUUCCAAGACUUUUAUUUAUUUUUUUUUUUUUUAAUUUUUGGAGAAGACUUCCCCUCCCCCCCCGCACCCCCUGCCCCAGCCUGACCUUGCCGAGUUUGGGCUUCCUGCUCCCACCAAGCACAAGAGAGGGCUCAGGAAAGCUGGGUUCCACGUAAGUUUAGAGCUGCAAAUACCCUUAGAGUUGGUAGAGUCAGCCGGGAAGACAGUGACUUGUGCAAAGUCACACAGGCAGAGGUUUGGGAUCCGGGUCUCUUGCCUCCGAGUUAACACUCAUCCUGCGCAGUCAAAGCCCGUCUGCCUGGGGGUGGCUUCUGGUACCUGGGGGUGUAACCAUUGGUCUAACUCCCCAGGGACUGGCAUCCGCUCCCUACUCCAACCUUCCCUGGUGAGUUUUGAUCUUCAAAGACUCUUGGGGGUCCCAGGCUUCCCCCAUGUAACCAAGAGCCCCCACUUGUUACCCCUUGAGGGCCCCCCAACCUUGACCCCAGACCCCUUUGAUUGUCUAAGGAGCAGGAAGAGGGACCACCCUUCCAAAGAGUCUGUAGGAGGAUGGGCUGGUCCAGUCGCCUCCGAGCGCUGCCCCUCGAUGUGACACUCCCCCUCCCCUGGUGCCCACAGCCCUCGUCUGGGUGUCCCGGCCUUCCCGCAGCAUAACUGCCUGUGUAUAGUAUAAAUAUAUAUAUUUUCUAUAUAUAAGAUGUAUAAUAUAAGGCUCCACAAAUAUAUCUCUGUGUGUGUGCGUGUGUGCAGUGAAUGGCGGUCCCCCUCCUGGGCCCCCACUCUGGACUCCCCCACCACCUGGUUAAGUCUCAAGAGUGAAUCCAGUGGCCCCGUGGCACCCUCCUUUAUGACAUCUGUCCAUUUGUGGUGAACCAAGUGAAGGUGGUGACUUCUGGUGACAUAGUAAUAAAGUGAAGACAAAACCCACCAGCGGA